AAAUUAGGGAUGCAACGGCUUCUGUCGGUGUUGUCAGUUGUUGUAGCAACCAUAAAGCAUAAGCGCAUGUGGGUCAUGGUUUUAGUUGAUCGUUUAUAUUAGUUAAUAUGAUUAAAUGUUAGCUUUAAUCGAUCCGUGUGGGUCUUACGUUCAGUGUUGUUCGUUUGAGGGUAAAGUAAGCUUCAUUAUUUGCAGCGAAGCUAACAGCCAACUGAACACAACACGACAACUGAGGUAGCUGUCUAAGCUGUCUUAGUGCUGGUCACAUAUCGAGUUUCAGUUCACUGUUAUCUGGUUAGAAAGAAGUUACUCAUCAUGUCGGCUGUUAGCAGCCUUAUCCCUGCUCGGUUUUUGACUAUCAUAUCUCACCUUGUAAUCGUCAUCACGAUCUUUUGGUCGAGGGAAAAUAACGUUAAGGCUUGCUUACCUUUGGAUUUCACACCAGAGCAAUACGAAAACGAAGACAGAAAGUUGGUGGUUGCAUUAGCAGUCACUAUUGGUCUAUUUGCAGUAGAGUUGGCUGGGUUCUUCUCAGGUGUGUCCAUGUUCAACUGCAGCCAAGGUCUCCUUUCCCUGGCUGUCCACUGCAGUGCAUCCGUAUCCUUGUCUUUCUUUGUGUUUGAGAAGUGGGAAUGCUGGACAUAUUGGGUUAUUUUCGCCACAUGCAGUGUUCUUCCCGCCUUUGUGGAGAUUCUUCUGUUCAUAGCUGUUUUUGGACUGAAGAAGAAGCCCUUAUGAAAGACUGACUCGAUGUAAAUGCAUCAACUGCAUCAGUGGCUGUGGAUAUUAAUGUAUCAACAGAUGAUGUAGCGACAGCAUGUCUGUGAAUUAUUGAUGAUCACAGAGGAAUUCACUUGAACUGACUCAUGUUCAUACACUGCAACAAAAACUAUUAGCAUAAUAUACAAGCUGCUCUCAAUCUGAUUUCUGUUUGUUUUUAUUUUUUUAACUUAUUGAAUGAAAUACAUGCAGAAAAAAUA